AUUUCCAUCGAUAAGAACGGAAUACCGGAAAGCGUUCCGCUUAUGGAACCCCUGCACGGAGAUGAAAAAUUUACGAGGUUUAUGACUGACGAAAACGAUGAAACAGUAGACGAACUUACAUCUGGUUCAGUUGGAUUCCGACAUUUAUUGAUAGGGCUGCAACGAGAAAACGGACAAUCUUGGUGGGAAAUACAAGAAUCGUGUGAAGCUUACGAUCAAAACUACCAGUACUAUCUUAAAGAUCUUAUCCACAAUAGCUGUAAGGAACCGACGAUUUACGUUUUCAAUGACAAAGUAUUCUCAUCAACAGUUUCAUACAUUACAGGAAGCGGAAUUCUUGGAAUGUAUCUUAUCUAUUUCAUGAUUAUUCUUUCGGUGCUCAGAGAUAUGACCAUUAAAGCUGAUGAAAUUUGGAUUGAAGACAUCGACCAUCCGGAGAAUCUCAUGAGGAAAUGCUUAGAGGUUUAUCUGGCCAGAGAUAUGGAGAAUUUCGAACUUGAACAAGAAUUAUUCGAAGAAUUGAUAUUCAUCAUGAGAUCCCGUGAGAUAUGCAUAAAAUUAAGCAGAGAAGAAGAAACCUGAAUUUGUUGCAUUAUUUAGUGUAGUUAAAAAGAAAAGUUUUGCUUUUGCAGCUUU